GUGAGCAAAUAUAUUUUCAGAAAUCCCAAAAUAUCGUCGUCAAUUUUCCAAACAUAUUGCGAUGGCCUCGAAAAGAUUCGUCCAUCACGUGUAAAAUCAGGAACGUCUGCACCAAGUGGUGCAUGGGUAACGAUGGGUGUUGUCAGUGAUAAAAGCGACUAUCGAAAGAGUGCGAACGGUCACGAUUAUAUGAUUUGGAGACCAAAAAAAAUUUUGAAGGACUGUCAGAGUGCACCAUUAAAAGUAUUCUUAUUCGGCGAUUGUUUAACUGAACAUUGGAAGAUACAAAUCGGUUACGUGAUCGCAUUGACAACACCAGCAUUCAUGGACGGAAACUCGAAAGAUGCAUCUGUAACUCUGAAAGUGACCAAAUCGGUUCACAUGAUUGAGAUUGGUUUUUGUCCUGAUUUCGCUAUUUGUAAGGCGAACAAAAACAAUGGUUCGGCGUGUAAGAAUGUGGUGAAUAAAUCACAAAGCGACUAUUGUAUAUUUCAUAUCGAGAAAAUGGCACGUAAACUAUCGGCAAAUAGAGGCGCAUUUGACACUUCAACCUCAAAUCCAUGUCGUUUUGGCGCAAACAAUAAUCAUAUGUUGUAUGAUUGGGUGCUUCAUCAAAAUCACAUGCUUUAUCAACAAAAAAAAAUCGUUCCACCGAAAAAUCUCCUACAAUCUGAGUUUGAGAAAAAUGCUGGAAAAAUAAAACGGACAAUACAGUUUUUGCAAUAA